UACAGCGGUAUGAAACAUGGCGAGGAAAGUAAGCCAAAGUGAUGUUCAAGUGCAACAGAAAGAAGCGGGAGAGGUGGACGAUCAGUCCAUUUCCAGAUCCGACAGUGGCGAGGAUUCUCUUGAUGGCAUUACAAGACACACAUGUCCUCUCACCCCUUCAUUAUCGCCCCGGAAACGGACCACCAGCCAGAGCAAAACAGAGCCUCCACUUCUGAGGACAAAUAAGAGGACAAUCUACACUGCAGGUCGUCCACCCUGGUACAAUGUUACUGGGACCACCUUCAAAGAAGCCUUUGUCAUUGGUCUUUGUGGAGGAAGUGCCUCUGGAAAAACCACCGUGGCCAAUAAAAUCAUAGAGGCCCUAGAUGUUCCUUGGGUCGUUCUGCUCUCUAUGGAUUCUUUCUACAAGGUUUUAAGUAAAGAGGAGCAAGAGUUGGCUGCCAAAAACGAGUACAACUUUGAUCAUCCUGAUGCCUUUGAUUUUGAGCUGCUGGUAACUGUGUUGAGAAAACUGAAAAAGGGCAAAAGCAUCAAAGUGCCAGUUUACGACUUUACCAGCCACAACCGUCGCAAAGAGUGGAAAACAGUCUAUGGGGCCAAUGUUGUGAUAUUUGAGGGAAUAUUAGCAUUUGCCAACAAGGAGCUUUUAAAGCUGCUGGAUAUGAAGGUCUUUGUGGAUACUGACUCUGACAUCCGGCUGGUCAGGCGACUGAAAAGGGACAUCACGGAUCGAGGGCGCGAUAUUGCAGGCGUCAUUAAACAGUACAACAAAUUUGUCAAGCCGGCGUUUGAGCAGUACAUCGAACCCACAGUGCAGGUCGCAGAUAUUGUUGUUCCAAGAGGUGGAGAGAACUUUGUUGCUUUGGAUCUGAUUGUUCAGCAUGUUCACAGUCAACUUGAAAAGCGUGAAAUCACAGUGAGAUCUGCCUUGCCAUCUGCUCAUCUGGGCCAGCCUUUGCCCAAGACCCUGAGCGUCAUGGAGAGCACCCCGCAAGUCCGAGGGAUGCACACUAUUAUAAGGAAUAAAGAAACGAGUCGAGAUGAAUUUAUUUUCUAUUCGAAGAGAUUAAUGAGGCUUCUCAUAGAGCACGCCCUGUCCUUCCUGCCUUUGAAGCCAGUGUCUGUUGAAACUCCACAAGGAACUAUAUAUGAAGGGAAGAGGCUCAGCGGAAAAAGGAUCACUGGUGUGUCCAUUCUACGGGCAGGAGAGACUAUGGAACAGGCCUUGAUGGCUAUUUGUAAGGACAUUCGACUUGGAAAGAUCCUCAUUCAGACCAAUCACGACACAGGAGAGCCUGAGCUCCAUUACCUGCGUCUGCCCAAGGAUAUCAGUGAGGACUAUGUUAUACUGAUGGACAGCACAGUGUCAACAGGGGCAGCAGCACUCAUGGCUGUCAGAGUCUUACUUGAUCAUGAUGUCCAGGAGGACAAGAUAUUCCUGCUAUCUUUGCUCAUGGCUGAGAUGGGCGUCCACUCUGUGGCUUAUGCCUUUCCCAAAGUGCGCAUCAUCACCACUGCUGUGGACAAGGAAGUCAAUGAUGAGUUUCACAUCAUUCCUGGAAUUGGUAAUUUUGGGGACCGUUAUUUUGGAACUGAUGCUCCAUCAGACGCUUAUGAAAGUGAUGAGGGGAUGGACUACUGAAUAUCAUUGAGACUUGUGCGAGUGACUGUAUUUGCAUUCAUCAGAGAAGAGAAAAUUUUAGCACUUAAACCUCAUCUGAAUGUGGACCCAUUGCCCUGCCCGAUAUAAGUUCAAGCCUUGGACUGUUUAUGCCUGUCUCCUAUUUCCUGCUAUAAUAUGUACUACACGUUCAGCAGAUUGCACACAGGGGUCAAAGCAGCCUCUGACUCCCAAACAAGGGGAGAUUAUUGUUCUUUAGCUUUUCAUAGAAGUACCCAUAUGACUGGAGAGCAAUGCUUGUGUUAAGUUACAACAAUCGCAUAUUUUUAGAUUGAUCAACAUAUCUGAACCUCACAUAACUACUGUAGGUAAUGGAGUGGGCUGCUAAAGGGGCACUCCAGCAUUUCCUCAGGUAUAUUUGGUAUAGCAUAUGACCAAACUACUUAUACUAUUGAACAAAAUAGUACAAGUGUAUAUAUACUGAUUAGAAUGCUAUAUACCUUACUGUAGUAUGCUAUUGUGAACACAGCACAAAUGUAUUAUGCUUGUGUUUUUUAAUGGAUUUCAUGUCUUAAUGACUUCUUUCUUUUUGCAUAUAUGCCUUACACGUGUAUUUGUAUUGCUUGAUUAAAUUGUCAUAUCCUGAUUGUAACCCAUGCACAAGCAGGAAAUUUAAAGAUUUGGGUUGCACAUUGUUUACUGCAAUGCUGCAAUUCUAUAGGACUAUGGCUACACAGAACUGAUAAUCUACAUUUACUUUGGAUUUUUCCCCCCCAAUUGAUUGAUGUAUUGACUUCCCAUGCAGGUGUUAAGUCACAAUAUAUCAGUAAGCAUUUAUUCGCUUGUGUAUGUGGAAAUUAAAUAUUGAAAAGGGACUUUUGUUAAUAGUUAAAAGAAAUCCUCCAUUCAUUGGUUUUAGUAUGAUUUGGUGCCACAGGGGGGAAAAAAAUUUGUAAAAAAUUUUACAUUGCAGCCAUUUUCUGGGUUAUAUACUUGAAACUGAAUGUGUAUUUAGAUUAUGUAUGUUUAUUUCUCACUAGUUUGGAAAGUCUGAAUUAUUUGAGGCAUAGACAGAUUUGCAAUGACAAAAGAGUAGGCAUGAAUAUAUUACAGCACAUUUGGGAGGUUUGUUAGCAGCAAUUUGAACCAAAGGGGAGAGAAUCUCCUUGGCUUCCACUGUUACAUGUCAUCUAAUGCAAAUAGUGCUUUUUCUAGCCUUUGUUAAACCUGAUUGAAGUAUAAGAAUAGUGUAAAUAUGCACAACCAGCAAACUGUGAUGCACUUCCAAGUUACUGUAUUUGAACAAUCAGUAUGAUUUGUCCACACUCACACCUAAAAGGGUGUGUAGCAUAUUCUUGCAAUGGAAUAAAUUAAAUAUGGAUGCCUAUUUGGUUUCAUUUUUUAAAAUGUAAUCUUGGAUUAUAUAUCUGCCUCGUGACCCUAUGUGUAAAUACAUUUUAAAAGAUAUAUACUGUUAUUUUGUCUGUCUCCGUUUACUACAGGAGUUCAUUCUGGACUCCAGUGCUGUAAGGCAUUACAUUUAUGUUGAAAAUUGUCAAUAUAAAAAGCACAAUAAUAUAUAGUAUGCCUAAAUCUGUCUGAAUUAAUCCAGUAAUGAUGACGAAAUAAAAAAGAACGAUCGCGUUUAAUUUGGCAUUUUAUG